AAAAAAGGCAGAGGGAAUGGCGGAGGCCCCUGAGGACAGCCGUCAGGGGUGGGCGCUGCUCGUGGCGAUAUCAGAAUGCGUCAAGUAAGAAAGAUCACUCAUUCAUCUCGCCAGACGACCCGACGCACAAACCGGCCGCUCUCUUUCUGCAGAUCCAAAGACGUCGACAGGCUCGAGCAGCUGCUGGAUGACAACAGAGAGGUACCCAACCCGACAAACGCGCCAAGAGCACAAAACAAAGUCGGUGGAUGGUGGUUGUUUUGUGUUGGCAGCUCAUCGAGCGGCUGGAGGCCUCCCUGAGGACCGACAACGACGGAAGGUUAGCAAGCAUGCGGCUCUCGGCUGGUUACUUCCUCAUGUGCGUUGCUGUGUGUUUGCCGCCUCUGUGUAGCCGCCAGGAGGAGACGAACGCGGAGGACACGAAUGAAGACCCACCUUCGGAGGAGGAGCCACCACCAUCACCAUCGCCACCACCACCAGUGCAACCUGCCGUCGACACGUCCACCGAACCAUCCGAGAGCGGCAGCAAUGAAGAGCAGCAGCAGCAGCAGCAGCAGCAGCAGCAGAACCAGGACCACAAGCAGCAACAGGACCACCAGGAGGAACACCAGAAGAAGCCCUCGCCGAUGCUGCUGUGUCUGUCUGGGGCAAGCCACGCUAUUCUCUAUGUCAGCAUGCUGCUCGAGUGCCUCGGCAAGGCGCUGAUCUCAGCCAUGCACCUCUACCCCAUUUGGUGUGUGGCGGUCAUCCUGUCGGUCGCCCUGCUGGUGCACUCGCCCGGCCUGUCCUACGGCGACUUCGUCAUGGACGACACGGUGGCCGUCGUCAAGAACAGCGACGUGACGGGGGCGGCAUUCAGCUGGCGGCAGCUGAUGCGCCACGACUUCUGGGGCAGCGACAUGUUCACCGAGGGCGUCUGGACGCACAAGUCCUUCAGGCCCUUCACCACACUCUCAUACCGAUUCAACUACCUCCUGAGCGGCAUCGACACGACGGCAUUCCACGCCACCAACGUGCUGCUGCACCUGCCCGUCGUCCUGCUGGUGGCCGUGGCGUGCUACUCGGUGCUGGGGCUCGGCAGAGUGCAGUCGCUGAUUGCGGCCGGUUUGUUUGCCGUCCACCCCGUCCACACGGAGAACGUCUUCUACCUCGUUGGCAGGGCCGACAUACUCGCGGCGAUCCCAUUCGUCAUGGCCAUCAUCGACUACGCGGCGGCCUUCUCGCCCUUCUUUCGGCCUGUGGGCGACCUGCUGGCCGGGCAGAUGCAGCCACUGGCGGUCCUCUGUGACCUGCUCAUGGAUGGCAAGAGGAGAAGGAAGCCGUCGAAAGGGGAGGAGGGGGAUGGCACUGGGCCUGGUGAAGCUGUGGCGUGGUCAGAAGAGGCCCGGGGUGGUCAUCAUGCGAGAGGUUCAGAGGGAGGAGGAUGGAGCGAUGCGAGCCUGCGGGAUGGGGCUGUUGCCAUGCUUCGACUGGUGAUCUGGGCAACGCUGGCGGGGCUCUGCAAGGUCAGAUGGACGCAUCAAUACAAUACACACACAACCAGGGAGGAAGUAAAGCCAUCUCUCUCUCUCUCCCUCUCUUCUUUUCGCAGGAGAUCGGCUUCACCGUGUACGGCAUCAUCUUCCUGCUGGAGGCCCUCACCCUACACCACCACAUCAUGCAGAUCGUCCACACACCCACAGCACCCCCAGCAGCAGCAGCGACCAAGACACACUGCCUCAAGAGCGCCCUCCGUCUGCUCAUCGUGGCCACACUGACGGCCUUCACGUUCGUGGCGCGGCACCGAUACACGGGCGGGACGACUCUGAAGAUGUCCCCACAAGACAACCCCAUCAGCUUCGAGCCCCUCUUCAAGACACGCGCCCUCAGCUUCGCCUACAUCCACUCGGUCUACGGGCGGCUGCUCGUCUGGCCGUUCUUCCUCUGCUAUGACUACUCCAAGGAAGCCAUCCCCAUGGUGCGAUCUUUCGGUGACAUGCGGUUGCUGGCGCCUCUGGCCUGCUACCUCUCCCUCGCGAGCGCCUGUGUGUGGGGCCUGGUGACGUUGCUGACCACCCGACGGGAGAGGCAUGGCGAGGGCCGUGCCGUGGCGAUGGGUCUGGCGCUGCUGGUGGUGCCCUUUCUGCCGGCGAGCAAUGUGCUGUUCCACGUGGGGACUGUGGUUGGCGAGCGGCUGCUGUACCUGCCGUCCAUCGGCUUCUGCGUCAUGGUGCCGUGUGUCGUGGCCACUAUCGUGAAGAGAUCUGAGUCGAUGCGCAGCAGCGGCAAUGGCAAUGGCAGCAAGGGAGAGAGGGGAGGUCACCGGCUGGCGUGUCUGAUGGUGCUCGUGUGUGGCGUGACGGUCGCGGUGUGGGGAUACCGCUCAUACCUGAGAGUGAGAAGAAACGAGGGCAGACAUGUGUCUGUGUAUGUGUGUGUGUGUGUGUGUCAUCAAGUGCGUGUGUGGGUUUGUCUGUCACUCACUCACUCAUUCACUCAUGUGUGGCUGUCUGUCAGGCUCUGACAUGGGAGAGUGGCGCCCGUCUCAACAUAGUGGAUGGGCUGCGGCAGCUCAGGUCCGCCAAGACACAGUUCAACCUCGGCAUCACUUACAUGAUGGCCCAACAAUUCGACAUGGUUGGUACCUACCACCUGCACACACACACACAUCUCUGCGAUUUAUCAUCUUCUCUGUGUGUCUGGAUUUGGUCAGGCUAGGGAAGCGUUGCAGCGGUCCAUCUCUGCUGAUCCCGAGAGCGUGCUGCCCUACUGGCGCCUCGGCCAGAUGUGCAUCUUCCAGGGCAACUUCUCAGACGCUGAGGUCGGCUGCGGACCGGACAGACAGACACCAACACAAACCGACACGCAGGCAGACUGAGUGAGUGCGUCCACAUCCAUCUGAGUGCUGUGUGUCAGAAUUGGCUGGGCGAGGCGCGUAGCAAGUACGGCGGUACGUUUGUGGUACGUGACGAGGAGGUCUUCCACGACUAUGCGGUGGCGCUGCACCACAACGGCAAGCCCCAAGAGGCCGUAGAGAACCUACAGCUGGCACUGAAACUAAACCCAAAGUGAGCGGGCGACGGAGGGUCUCGGCGUAUGCGUGUAUGUUGGUCGUGGACAGCUUUGCGAAGGGGCUUAACAACUUGGCGUGCGCCACUGUGCAGAAGGACAUUCGGACAGCGCUCGACUAUGUCAAAAAGGUAAUUAAGUCCGGCAAGGAAGGCAAUUACCACACCUACAAUCAUGAGCCAGCCGAGCAGCCAUUUCCUGUACGUACACCUCCCUAACUCAUCCACUGGUGUCUGUCUGUCUGUCUGUCUGGUGUGUGUGUGUGUGUGUGUUCAGGCAGUAGAGUCGUCCCCCCAUCAGAUUCUCUACUGGGCCAACCUCCACCUGCUGGCGCGACACACAGGUGCCACACCACACCACACCUCGACACACACUGAAACUCUUUCUUAUUGUUUGUGUGGUCUCUGCCUGUCUGUCUGUCUGUCUGUGUGCAGGUGAGAAGCACUUGGCGGACAUGGCGCUCCAGAGUGCCCAGCAGCUAGAUCUCGGCUUCACUGCGCAAAGCACAUGCGUGUGGCAGUUCGAGCCCGCCGAAUGAAUGAAUGAGACAGAGCCAAGCCCCGUGCGGCGGAGUGCACUGCGCGUAGAGAAGAGCGGAGUAGACAGACUGUAGGAGAUAUAGAUCGGCAUUAAUGAUUUGCACAUAGCGUGGAGUGCGAGACACACAGAUACACACAUGUGAAUACAUAGACUUAGGCUCUAUAUAUCGUCUGGCUUGCUGAAUGACCUACCUGUAAGACACAUACACAC